AUGGGAUUUUUGUAUUAUUUGCUUAAGGAUGUCAGCGAGAAACAGCCUUACAAGGUGGGUAAAAAUGACUUAAAACAGUUUGUUGACACUGUACUUUUUAAGAAAUUAUCCACCGGGCGUAAGGGUUUUGAGGUCAUUGAGCGGGUGGCGGGGAAGGUGGGGGAGUAUAAUGGUAAAGUAAAAACGUCGAAUGAAAAUGUUACCAGGCCUAUAAUUAAGCUUCGAGCAGACAUGGAGAAACUUGAAAAUGAGGUAAGUAAAAUUUUAGAAAAUGACGCUGUUUCAGGUGCGACCAAGAAAUCCGUACAGGCUGUGACGUACAGUGAGGAGCAGGUCAAGCAAGCUGUUAUCGACAUUAAUAAAUUACUUAACGAUUGUAAAUUUCAUGGUAAAGAUUAUAACAAUCAUUUAGACAUGGCGCACAAUAGUGAGAACAUGAAAAACGCAAUUAAUGAUCUUAAUUUUAAAUUACGUGACCGUGUUCUUAUAGCCACUAAGGCAGUGAAACAUGAGAGUCAACGACUCAACGAGUUGUCAGAUAAAGCGUGGGCAGACUUCAGAAGUAUGAAGAAGUGUAUCAGUCGUGAAAUGCAGAGUCUUAAUAAGAGCGUGAAUCUAACAAUCAGUGAGCGAAUAGGAAUGCUGCUAGACGAUGUGAAUCAGAAAGCGACAGAUAUUCUUAGACAGUUACAUGAGAUGAGAAAGAAGUUCCAGGAUUACGUCCUUAAGUUAAACGACUGGAUUGUGGCUGCCAAAAAGUCAGAG